AUAUAUUCUCCACAACAAAGAUCCAUUUUCAUCUUCGCCGUGCCGGAAACCGCUUCCACCAGAACCCUCGCAUGAUGCCGCCGUCUCAGCCUUCCUCAACCGCAAUAUGCUCGUGCCUUCCACCUCCGACGAGGUUCCUUGACUCUGGAUGGAAGAGAACUAUCUCCACCGAUGUUUUGUUCAUUCCGGCGAGCCACCACCAGCAUUCAUUUCUUCAAACCAAGUCAUUCGUUUCGCGAUUCUUCUCUUGCUCUUGUCUUGUUCUCUCAUUAACCAUGUCUGCUCUUCCGCCUGUCAACACCGCUGCCGCCAACAACUCUGCUGGGGGGAUUCCAGUUGUGGUCGAUGAUCAGGGAAAGGGAAAAACAUGCCACCAAUGCCGGCGAAAAAUCAAGGGUGUCGCUGCUUUCUGCAAGAACCUGAAAAAGGGCAAACCUUGUGUACUCAAAUUGUGCCGUGUAUGCCUUUUAAACAGAUACGGGGAGGAAGCAGAACAGGUCAAUAGGUUGGAUGACUGGAGUUGCCCUAAGUGCCGGGGCAUAUGCAACUGUAGCCAUUGCAGGAAGAAUGGACGUAAGGAGCCUACCGGUAACAUAAUGAGGGAAGCCAAGACUGCUGGAUUUAGGUCAGUGAUGGAAUAUCUGGAUGCUAAGGAAGCAGCGGAGAUGAACACGAACGCAAAUGAUGUUGCUGCUGUUUUGCCUCCAGAGGAGAUCGUGAUGGAAUUGCUGGAAGCUAGGGAAGCAGCGGAGUUGAACACGAAUGCAAAUGAUGUUGCUGCUGUUUUGCCUCCAGAGAAGAUUGAUGGUCUUGAAGCGGCCUUGGGUGCAAAUGAUUUCCCCCCCAUUCCUCAUCGAAAUGAUGAAACAAAAUGUGAAAGGGACGAUGAGAUUUUCGCAGAAGUAGAAAGGAACCAGGACACUGAUUAUCAUAUGAAAGGUGGUCCUGAGGUUUGGGGUUCAAAUGAUUAUGUGAAUCCUUCACUUCUUAUUUCUGGUAAAAAAUCUAAAGAAGUUAAGGAUGAAAUAUCUGAAGAAGUUCUCCUACCGCCGGGCACUGAUUUAACGGAGGUAUUGGGCAUUGAGUUCCCACAUGAGGAUGUUGGGAAUGUUGUGCAGUUCUUGCAGUUCUGCAGGGUUUUUGGGAAGAAUCUUAACAUGAAGGAAGGGGAAGCAAAGACUAUUUUGCGAGAACUAGAUCGCAAACAAAACUUGCGCAGUGGAGAGAACACCCUAGCUGUUGAGUUCCAAACUAGACUUUUGACCCUGCUCCGCACCGCUGCAGGACAUAAGUCUCCAUCCUUAGCUACAGCAGAUGGGAACUUUUCCUGGUUGAAAGCUCUAGGGGAUUUAGCUUUACAAUCUCCUCUUCUUCUCAAGGAUUUCCCCGUAGAAAUGCUCAAUGAAGGUCUCUCUGGGUAUUGUAACUUGAGUUUGUCUAACAAGCUUAGACUCCUGACUUUCAUCUGUGAUGAAGUUCUUAACUCAGAGAAAGUGAGGAGUUACAUUGAAAAGGAAAAUUCAAAAAUUGAGAAGCAGUGGAAAGAAGCCAAAGCUGAAUUUGCGGCUGCGAAGGAAAAGGUGAAUAGCUUGAAACAGAAGCUGCAGGAAGAGACAGCAAAAAGAAUUCAUUCCAGUGGGGAUCCUGGGUCAUCGACAGAGCAAGAUGCUGCUGUCCUGAAGUUGUUAACAACUGAAGUUGCUCAAGCUCACAGUGAAAUGCUUGAGGCUAAGGAAAAGAUUCCUAAAAGGAAAAUUUCUGAUGCUACGAGGAUUGAGCCUCACUUUGUGGAUGGUAGAAAGGUCUUUUGGAAAUUCAAAUGUUUUGAAGGUGAAGAUACUCUUUUGCUACAAGACAUCAAAGUACAAGAAGGGGAUGGUACUGCUGCAACUGAUGAAAGGUGGUUUUUUUAUGGUCCUGAGAAGAAGAAUGACAUUGAUAAGUACAUUUCUUCAAGGGCAAAGAGAAAUAAAUGUCGUUAGGCUCCUUACAAACUUUCGAAUGAAAGCAGUGGAGCUGAUAUGGAGAAUGUUUAUUAGGGAAUAAAGCUGAGCUGGUUUUUAAUAAGGAGUUGUAACUGAAAGUUUGCUAGCCCAUUUAGUUUCUUACUUGUCAUCAGUGACAUAUGCUGUACCAGCUCAAUUGUAUAUAAACUCCUCUUAGACAUGCCAAUUGAAUAGAAUCACAUUGAUUUCUUGCAA